CUGAGGACCAGGGGACUGUGAAGACAGGGGGAAUCGUACUUCAGUAGCCUGUUAAGAGGGAAGAGAACUCAGCCACGAUGAGGAGCUUUCUGGUGGCCCUGGUACUGGCUGCCUUCUGUUCAGCAGCAGCAGCUUCAGCAAGACAGAGGACACGUUUCACGCGGUAUCGCUCCUGGAACUCGCGGAUGUACCCCGUAUGGAAGGAUGGCGACGCCCGGUACCGAGACUGCUGGACUGGGGGCGAGGUGACUUUUGAAGUCAAGAACGAUGCGCCCACUCUGACUGGUGCCAAGGCCACCUUCAGUAUUGACCUCCGCUUCCCUACGAACCAGACGGUGCUGCCUGACGGACAGGUGGUCUGGGCACGGAACUGCACUGUUAACGGAACGCGCUACCAGGAGGGUCAGGCGGUCUACCCAGACAGAAACUCCUCCACCCAGUGGAACGGCGUGUUUCCCGACGGCACCCCGUUCACCGGGGUCUCCGACAAGAAGCCCCACUAUGUGUACGUGUGGAAGACGUGGGGACGCUACUGGCAGGUGGCAGACGGCCCCUCUUCCUCCCUCACCAUCGGCACAGACAACAUUCCCCUUGGCUCCUACUCCAUGGAGCUGGUCAUCUACCACUGCCGCGGCAAAGAGAAGUUUGUUCCCUUAGGCUAUGCCUCCACACAGUUCUCCAUCACAGAUCAGAUCCCCUUUGCCGUGACGCUCACGCAGGUCAAUGACGUCAAUCAGGCCGACCAGAGCUUCGUCCAGAACCGGGCCAUCGCCUUCAGCAUCAGGCUGCACGACCCCAGCCAGUACCUCGCGGACUCCGACGUCACCUUCAACUGGGACUUUGGGGACAACAGCGGCACCCUGAUCUCGCGGGAGCCGGCCGUCACCCACACCUACAUCACGCCUGGAACGUUCAGGCCCCAGGUGGUCCUGCAGGCCGUGAUCCCCAACGCUGGCUGUGCCACGCCUCCCGUCCCCCUCACCGAGGCCAACCCCACCCCUGCCCUGGCCACCUCGGAGCCCCCCGUCCCGACAGCGGAGCAAGGAACCACCGCUGCUCCUGCUGCCCCGACAACAAACCCUCCUGCGCCUGCUGAUGACAUCAACCUGGCGGCCUCAGUUCAACCAGCAGAAACUGAGGGAGAGGCUGACCCAGCUGCAGAGGCUGACCCAGCUGCAGAAGACCCAGCUGUAGAAGCUGACCCAGCUGCAGAAGACCCAGCUGCAGAGGCUGACCCAGCUGCCGAGGCUGACCCAGCUGCAGAGGCUGACCCAGCUGCAGAAGACCCAGCUGCAGAAGCUGACCCAGCUGCAGAGGCUGACCCAGCUGCAGAGGCUGACCCGGCUGCAGAGGCUGACCCAGCUGCAGAAGACCCAGCUGCAGAGGCUGACCCGGCUGCAGAAGACCCAGCUGCAGAGGCUGACCCAGCUGCCAAAGCUGACCCAGCUGCAGAAGCUGACCCAGCUGCAGAAGACCCAGCUGCAGAAGCUGACCCAGCUGCAGAAGACCCAGCUGCAGAAGCUGACCCAGCUGCAGAAGACGCAGCUGCCGAGGCUGACCCAGCUGUAGAAGCCGACCCAGCUGUAGAAGCUGACCCAGCUGCAGAGGCUGACCCAGCUGCAGAAGACCCAGCCGUGGCUGAUGAGCCCGCGGCCGCUGCAGAGGUGCCGACCAUCGAUGCUGCAGCCUCCGUGGCUCCGGAUGCAGUGCCUCUGGAUGAGACUGCCGUCGUGGCACCUGCUGUAGCGGCGGCCACAGAGGCGGCCCAGGCGGAGACCGCUGCCCUCCUCACCCCUGCCGCCACGGUCCCUGCAGCUGCAGCCGAGGCAGCGGAGCCUGCCGCCACAGAGGGAGAGCCCGAGGAGGCCGAGCCGCAGACCGACCAGGUUCCCGUGGUGGUGGCCAAGCGGCAGGCCCCGGAGACGCCGGCGGACGGCGGCUGCGCCAUCUACCGCUACGGCUCCUUCUCCACCGUCCUCAACAUCGUCCAGGGCAUUGAGAGCGUGGAGAUUGUGCAGGUGGCAAACGUGGUGAUGACGGCGGAGGUGGAGCAGAAUGCCGUGGACCUCACGGUCACCUGCCAGGGCAGUAUGCCGGACGAGGUGUGCACCGUCGUGUCGGACGCGGACUGCGCCACGCCCCUGCAGACGGUGUGCAACGCGGUCACGCCCUCGCCGGAGUGCCAGAUGAUCCUGCGGCAGUUCUUCAACGAAUCCGGCGUCUUCUGCGUCAACGUGUCCUUGACCAACGACGUCAGCCUGGCUGUCACCAGCGCCAGGGUCAGCGUGACCGUGGGAUCCAGCUCUACCUCUGGGGGCACUGUGGCGCUGGUGCUGGGGAUGCUGCUCAUGGCCGGUGUAGUGGGGACAAUAGCUUUGGCCUAUAAGCGUUUCAAGCAGUAUCGCCCUCUGAGAGAGGACCAAGCAGGCACCUCGGUGAACGGCCUCGGAAGGACCUCUAUGCCCAUGCUGCUGUGGAACCUGCUGAGCCGUCAGACACCUGGGGAGAGCAGACCACUGCUGCAAGGCAGAGUGGUGUGAACUGGACCAGAAAGCGCACAUACACACACACACACACAGGCGCACACACACACACAGACACAGACACAGACACACACACAGGCGCACACACACACACACACACACACAGUCUCAUUCGCACAAUUUUCCAACAAAAUUUAAAGAAUAUCUACAUUCUGUCUAAUGGCAUGGUAUCAACUGUAAACAUGACCAAACAAUAAUCUAAAUUGUAUUUAGAUUGUUGAUGGGAAAAAUAAACAAAAAUUGUGCAACAUU